CGCGCCCCGCCCCGGCCCAGACCACCUCUGCGCCCGCCGGCGGGGGCCGAGCGCUCUGGGCUGUCGCGGCGUCUGGGCACCUCACCACCUCCGCUGCCUCGAUCGCUGCGGCCGCGGUUCCGGGAGUCGCGUGCGACCCCGGCCGGGUGAGCCCCACAGGACAAGAGAACCGCAGGACCCGUGGGGCGCCAUGCGAGCCAGGGCAUCCCUCUCCUCUUGGAUGGAAGGUCGGGUCUUGGAGUUCUUCCUCUGACAUUAGGAGGCCAACAUCCCCCAGCAGGAAGAAGAGCACUGCCAAGUUGACCCCUCCGUGCAGCGUGACUUUAUGAGACAGCAGCUGCUGUCCCUGCUGGAACUAGGGGAGGAGACAUGAGACCAUAGUACCUCACCCACCCAAGAGGCUCACCAUGGCAGCCCAGCGCAUCCGGGCAGCCAACGCCAGCGGCCUCCCUCGGUGCAAGUCGGAGGGGACUCUGAUCGACCUGAGUGAGGGCUUCUCGGAGACAAGCUUUAAUGAUGUCAAAGUGCCUUCCCCCAGUGCCUUGCUCGUAGACAACCCCACGCCUUUCGGAAAUGCAAAGGAAGUGAUUGCCAUCAAAGACUAUUGCCCAAACAACUUCACCACCCUGAAGUUCUCCAAGGGCGACCACCUCUACGUCUUGGACACGUCUGGCGGGGAGUGGUGGUACGCUCACAACACCACCGAGAUGGGCUACAUCCCUUCCUCCUACGUGCAGCCAUUGAACUACCGGAAUUCUACCCUGAGUGACAGCGGCAUGAUCGACAAUCUCCCGGACAGCCCCGAUGAAGUUGCCAAGGAGCUAGAUCUGCUAGGGGGCUGGACCGAUGACCAGAAAGAAUCUGGCAGGCCCUAUAGUAACAACCCUUUCUGGAAUGGAGUCCGAACGAACCCCUUUCUGAAUGGGAAUGCACAGCCCAGUGCGGAUGAGCUAAACCCCAAGAGUACCGUGGAUUUGCUCCUGUUUGACACGGGCACGUCUUCCUUCACUGAGUCCAGCUCGGCGACCACCAACAGCACCGGCAACAUCUUUGAUGAGCUCCCAGCCACCAAUGGACUCCACGUGGAGCAGCCUGUGAAACGGGACAACCCCUUCUUCAGAAGCAAGCGUUCCUACAGCCUUUCGGAACUCUCUGUCCUGCAAGCCAAAUCAGAUGCUCCCCCAACGUCCAGCUUCUUCACAGGCUUGAAGUCGCCUGCCCCGGAACAGUUUCAAAGCCGAGAAGACUUCCGAACCGCCUGGCUCAAUCACCGGAAGCUGGCCCGUUCCUGCCAUGACUUGGAUCUGCUCGGCCAAAGCCCAGGUUGGGGCCAGACCCAAGCAGUGGAGACAAAUAUCGUGUGCAAGCUGGAUAGCUCUGGGGGCUCUGUGCAGCUUCCUGACACCAGCAUCAGUAUCCAUGUGCCAGAGGGCCAUGUGGCUCCUGGGGAGACACAGCAGAUUUCGAUGAAAGCCCUGCUGGACCCUCCGCUGGACCUUAACAGUGACAGAUCCACCAGCAUAAGCCCCGUGGUGGAGGUGAAGCUGAGCAACCUAGAGGUGAGUACCUUCAUCAUCUUGGAAAUGAAGGUCUCCGCCGAGGUGAAGGGCGACAUCUUUAGCAAAAGCACGGUGGCCCUGCAGUGUCUGAGAAGUGACUCAAAGGAGGGGCCUUAUGUGCCCAUCCCUCUCGCCUACAGCUAUGGGGACACCAUACAGGUACAGCUGGACAACCUGGAACCUUGCAUGUACCUAGCCAUCGUUGCCCAGGGCCCCAACAUCCUCUACCCUUCCACCGUGUGGGAUUUCAUCAAUAAGAGGGUCACCGUGGGUCUCUAUGGUCCCAAACACAUCCAUCCAUCCUUCAAGACAGUAGUGACCAUUUUUGGACACGAUUGUGCCCCCAAGACCCUCCUGGUCAGCGAGGUGACUCGGCAGGCUCCCAGUGCUGCCCCCGUGGCCCUCCAGCUGUGGGGCAAACACCAGUUCAUUCUGUCCAGGCCCCAGGAUCUCAGAGUGUGUAUGUUCUCCAAUAUGACUAACUAUGAGGUCAAGGCCAACGAGCAAGCCAGAGUAGUAAGAGGGUUUCAGAUGAAACUGGGCAAGGUUAGCCGUCUGAUCUUCUCCGUCAUCUCCCAGAACCCCAACGAGCUGUCCGACUUCACCCUGAGGGUACAGGUCAAGGAUGAUCAGGACACGAUCCUCACUCAGUUUUGUGUCCAGACUCCACAGCCUCCCCCUAAAAGCGCCAUUAAACCCUCCGGGCAGAGGAGGUUUCUUAAAAAGAACGAGGUUGGGAAGAUCAUCCUGUCCCCGUUUGUCGUCACAACCAAGUAUCCGACGUUUCAGGACCGCCCCGUGUCUAGUCUCAAGUUCGGCAAGCUUCUAAAGACAGUGGUGCGUCAGAACAAGAGUCACUACCUGCUGGAGUACAAGAAGGGUGACGUCGUGGCUCUGCUCAGCGAGGAGCGCAUCCGGCUCAAGGGACAGCUGUGGACCAAGGAGUGGUACAUUGGCUACUACCAGGGCAAGGUGGGCCUGGUGCACACCAAGAAUGUGCUGGUGGUCGGCAAGGCCCGGCCCAGCCUGUUCUCGGGGCCCGAGCUGAGUACCUCAGUGCUGCUGGAGCAGAUCCUACGGCCCUGCAAGUUCCUCACCUACAUCUACGCCUCUGUGCGGACCUUGCUCAUGGAGAACAUCAGCAGCUGGCGGGCCUUUGCAGACGCCCUGGGUUACAGCAACCUGCCGCUCACCUUCUUCUGCCGGGCAGAGCUGGACAGUGAGCCGGAACGGGUGGCUUCCGUUCUGGAAAAGCUCAAGGAAGACUGUAACAACCCUGACAACAAGGACCGGAAGUCCUUCCAGAAGGAGCUGGUGAUGGCUUUGCUGAAAAUGGACUGUCAGGGCCUGGUGGUGAGACUCAUCCAGGACUUUGUGCUCCUGACCACAGCUGUCGAGGUGGCCCAGCGCUGGAGGGAACUGGCUGAGAAGCUAGCUAAGGUCUCCAAGCAGCAGAUGGAUGCCUAUGAGUCUCCUCACCGAGACAGGAAUGGGGUGGUAGACAGUGAGGCCAUGUGGAAACCCGCCUAUGACUUCUUACUCACCUGGAGCCACCAGAUUGGGGACAGCUACCGAGAUGUCAUCCAAGAGCUGCACAUAGGCCUGGACAAGAUGAAGAACCCCAUCACCAGGCGCUGGAAGCACCUCACAGGGACACUGAUCCUAGUGAACUCACUGGACAUCCUGAGGGCAGCUGCCUUCAGUCCCGCGGACCAUGAUGACUUUGUGAUCUGAGUGGGGCCCCUGCCCUACUGCUCACUAGAGUUGGGACUCCGCCCACCAGAGCUGGGAGACUCCACCCACCAGGGCUUGGGACUCCGCCCACCAGAGCUGGGACUCCACCUACCAGGGCUUGGGACUCUGCCCACCAGAGCUUGGGACUCGUCAUCAUCUCUCCACAGUGGGAGCUGUGCCAUCACCAGAUGGUGCAGGGAGGGAUGGCUGCUCAGGUCGACGCCUACCUGCCAGCCACGCCCAGGAGGGACUGAGGACUUUUGACUCUCUUCCCCUCCCCUCUAUCCAGGGGCAGGUCCCAGGGGCUUUCUACUUCCAGUUGCCAAUUGUGUUGCUUUCUAUUUGUUGAAAAUGUACGUUUAAAUUUAAAAAUCACUUUUUUUAACAGAAGACUUAGAAAGGACGUAAGAAAGGUGGUAUCUAAUUUUUUAAUGGACUGUAAAGGUUAUUUAAAAAAAAAAUUCACCUUAGUAAAGGCAAAUGCUAUUGAGAUUUUUAUGCUCUUUAAAGGCCUUUUCAAAUUAUGUUCCAGGGUUAUGUAGAUAUUUUAAGGCCACAGGUGUUUCUGAGUCCCAGACAUAUCUUGUAUUUUGACACGCAGAGUGGGAAAGGAAUUGGCUCCGUGCAGACAUUUUCCACUUGUCGCCUGUGGGAAGGCAAGCCCAUGGGCCUGGUGACUUGUAGUAGGUGGCCUUGAGGCUGCCUACCCUUCCUUCCUUCUUUCUACCUUGCUGUCCUCGGUGGCCAUCCACACAACAUUUUGGUCUGUGUGCUUCAGUGAGCUGCUAAGUCCCCAAAUGGUAGCUCAGUACCAUUGAGAUUCUUCCAACAAAUAAGGAAUCAACUGGAGUUGGUGGGCUGGGAGGGUCUCUGGCCCCUUGCAUUUGGCUAUUUGUAGUAACAAUUCUGAACAGUGCCCCCUGAGAACAAGGUGGUCCCUGCCACUCUGGGUCAUUGAAUGCUGUCUCCCUCAGGGCAGCUCCACCUCUGCUAUUGGUGGGAGGAACACCCUAGCACCCAGCCAGAACCUGGUAGCCCCUGGCUCUUCUUAUAUCCACCAUGGUCACCUGGUGACUUUUCAGGUGACAUCACAUGCUGGCGUGUAGAGGUGCCAUCUGCCAUUGCCAAACUCCUCACUUCAUCUCUCACGUUUAACCUCCUCUUUCCUGGUGCACCCGCAUCUCCUAAGGGGAUAACAUAGUUAUCCAGCAGUGUAAAUAUUAGCAGGAGGAGCGUUCUCCCUGAGUGAUGCUCUCUGGAAGGUUGGGAGCUUGCAGAGGAUUGUAUUGAACUUCGAGGUGGUGGAUCAUGUGGUCCACGAUGACUUCCAGGGUCACACAAUAUCUGUGGCAUUUGGGGAGGAAACAGGAAGUACAACACAGACCAGAAAGAUCAGCAGUUAAGUGACCCUGGUAAUGGGAAAGACUCUGGCUGUGCCAUCUGCUUUGCAGGCACAGGCUGAUGACCAGUGUCCAACCUCCACGCUGAGCUGAAAUGUCUAUAGCUUCCGAAUCAAAACCUGCAGACCAACAGACUUAAAAGUAAAUAGUAGGUAUUAAUGCUGUAGGAACCAAGUCACAGGACUCCCAGGUCACCACAGUAAUGCCCAAUACUCUGCACCUUCAUUUUGCCCAGAGACCAUCUCUUUCUUGCCUUUUUCCCCAAAGAAGAAACAAAACCAGUUGCACCUUAAACCGUGGAUAUUUUUCCUCAGGGGCUUUGAAUAGUUUCCUAUGCAACAAGACUUGUAGCACAAAUUAAAUUCUACAAAAGUUGCAGUAAA